AUGACUGUCGUCCACAUCGUUCUCUUCAAAUUCCGCCCCGAGGUCCCCCCCUCCCAUAGAGAGACCUUCACAACCGAACUCAAGACCCUGAAGAAUCUCUCCUGCGUCAAGAACCAACGCCUCGCCGUAGGCGGUCCGUCUAUCACAGAUCCUAUUGAGCGUAGCAAGGGUUAUCAAAUCUGUUUGUUAAGUUUUCAUGAGAGUCCUGCUGCGUUGGCGGAGUAUCAAGCCAGCAGUGAACAUCAUAGGGUAACGAGUCAGUACUUGUGGCCGUAUGUUGAGGAUGUUACAAGGUUUGAUUUUGAGGUUGAUGAGAAGGAUGAAGAUUCUUUCGAGAGGAGUUUCGGAUUUGCCAAAUGA